AUGUGGUUUUCCCAGGCGGCUCCGACUGAAUUUGUACUAGACAUGAGGGCGCGCGAGCUUGAAGGCCUCCAACAAGUGAUGUCCUCACUGCUGUUCCCCAGAACUGCAAUGAAGGACCUUUACUCUUCAUCCAAAUCCUCAGCGGGACCCUUCUCUCCGUCCCCCGGCGCCGUCCCUUCGGCCCCGCACCUCAUCGCCAGCGUGCAGCUGCAGAAGCUCAACUCUCACUAUCAGAACCUGGCGGGGUCUUCCGGCGGGACGGGGACGCAAAGCGCCUGUCCGGGCGGCGUCCUGGACUUUGACCCGGUGGACGAGGAGGUCCUCAUGUCGUUGGUGGUGGAGCUCGGGCUAGACCGUGCCAACGACUUGCCUGAACUUUGGCUGGGCCAAAACGAGUUUGACUUCAUGCUGAGCGAACAAACCUGUACCAAGUCAAUUCCACUUGGCGAACUAGCUAGCUAA